AUGGUCCUUUUAUUGCGUGAAGAGCAGCGCAAGCGGAAGAUGAGUAUUCUUAAAAUUCCGCUCGACUACAUUUUGGCGAGGAAUAUUCCUCAGUCGGAUAUUCGAAAAUCUAGUGCUGUUUGGGACGUCGUCACGGCAGGUCUGAAAGACGAAGAAUGCAAGACGAAAUUCCGCGAACGUGUGUCUAUUCAUGAUGGAGUACGGACGAGAAAGAAGCUUAGCAGUGCGGAUUCUUUCACAAAGUGCAUCCAGGGCGCUGCAAGGAAACGCUUCCGCAGUGGUGACUUCAACCAGGAAAAGCGUCUUAGAAGGGAGCUGCGUCGUCAACUGCAACAAGACCGCGAUAACGAGUGGACGUCAAAAGCGAUGGAGUUCAAAAAAGCUUGGGAAGACAAGAACCCGCGGAAAGCCUACGCUCUACUAAAACAGUAUAGCGGCAAAAUGAAAAGAUGUUCUGCUGUCCUUAACACUGCCAAUGACCUUGCUGAACCGGCAAACACCUCAGCUCCUGAACUCGAGCAUGUUCGUAGGCCGACACAUGACGAGGAGCCAUCGACCGAGACGGAGAGGAAUUUGUCCGUCACGGACCCUAGAAAUUACCGUGGAUUCUCUUUGCUGCGUGUUAUAUACAAAGUAUUGGAGCGGAUUAUUCUGGACCGACUCAUCAAACAUCGCGAAGAAACAACGCGCGACGAGCAAGCUGGUUUUCGUCCUGGCCGAUCUACGAUUGACCAGGUGUUCAUCGUCAGGAAAGUGAUUGAAAUCUGGCAGCGUGCGCUCCGCGCCGAUGGAGUACCAGGAAGGUUUGUUGGCUUGCUUGAUGACAUGAAUCAACGAACAACUGCUGCAGUUCGAACACCAGCCGGAUGUACAUCACCAUUUGAGGUGGUAACUGGAGUAAGACAAGGGGCUGGGGCAGGACCUUUUCUGUUCAAUUUCGCCAUCGACGACAUUAUGCGAAGAACAGUUGAUCAGCGCCCUGUCGAUAUCAUCCUGGCAGGAUGCCCCUUGACCGAUCUCGAGUACACAGACGAUGUUGUUAUAUUCGCGGGAAGCAGUAUGAAACUUCAACAUGUUAUCAACCUUUUAUCGACACUGGCUGCAGCCUAUCGGUUACGUCUACGCCUGAUAAAUGCAAGCAGAUGUGGAUCUUUUCGAGACCUCGAACGGGAAUCAGCGUGGACGGACAACCGGUAG